GGCCGAGCGCAGCUGCCAGGCAGGGAAAUGGCGGGCGGGGAGACACGCUGUGGAGAGGGGUGGCGGGGUCGCCAUCUUUCUGUGAGGAGUGCAGAGCUGGAGGAUUUCUACGUAUAGUCUGUACUCUGAGGGGGCAUAAAAGGGCUGUAACUGCCCCAUUGGAAAGAGUACCGCCUCCCAGACUGCAUCUUUUAGUGAUCUGUAAUGGGGCAAAAAAGGGCUUACCUACCUUGUUGGAAGGCAUGUUUCUGCUCUCCAGAUCGCAUCUUUUACUAGUAUUCCUUUCGCCGUGCUCUUAGCUGACAUUGGAUAAUCCUCUUUUCCAAUCCUGAGCACCCUGAAGAAGCUCUUUUCCGAGCCCAGCAGUAGCCAAGCACAAGCUUCUAGCCCAGGAGGAAGGAGGGCACUGCUGGGAGAUUGCUUGUCCUUUUGAAGAGAGGGAAUGGCUGCAGAUGAAGACAAGUGAGCAGCGUCAGUUUUCUUCCUGCCUCUUUCCCAUGUGAGCGCAGGGCCGCCGAGGGGAGCUGGCAGCCCGUGUGGCUGAGGCAGGCCCAUCAGGGCUCAGCUGCGGGGCGGAGGUGGAAGCACCGCUUCAUUCUGCUUUCAGCAGAGCAGCAAAAAUUGAACAAGAUUUUCUUCGCCACUUUAUUGGUCCAUCUGGACUUGCAAAGGGUUGCCAAACUAACAGAGCUGAUGAAAGGUGCCCGAAUCAUCCUCUCAGAUGAUCCCUGCGGCAGCCCAAGAAGGCAACACGAUGUAAUCUGCAGGCGGUCUCUGUAUUAGAUCCCCAGCGACGUCUGUGCCGCUGCUCGGCGUGUCCCGUGGGGAAUGCGUAGCAUCCAACCGCUGGCAUCCCCUCCUGGCGGAAGCGCUACCAUUGGAAGAGCAGAGGAAAAAGAUCUCCCGCUCGGGAGGCUCGCACAUGCUGCUCGCUGCCUCGGCCGGGUGCUGUGCUGAAGGAGUGGGACAUCUGCGCGGAAGGGAGAAGCAGCUGCUCCAGCCCCGGGCUGGGGCUGAACUUCCCGCAGCGCUUCGGGCUUUGAGUGAGCGCUGGGGGAAGGCGAGCAGCAGGACGGGAACGCGCAGCCCGGAGCGUACACGGAAUCGGCUAGAAUAUUUCGAGCCUAAUGGCCUCCAGCAUAAACAAGAGCCGGCAGCCCGGGACUUGCAAUGGAUCUAAAGCCCCUCGCGGCAGUUCGGCAGAAGGAUACAAUAAGGAAAUUCACAUGCAGAUGUGCAAGAAGAUCGCCCAGCUCACCAAGGUGAUAUAUGCCCUGAACACUAAGAAUGAUGAACAUGAAGAUAGUAUACAGGCUCUGAGAGAAGCUCAUGAGGAAGAAGUUCAGCACAUUCUUGCUGAGAUGAAGGAAACAAUUGUCCAGUACAAAAGCAAAGUUGAAGAAGAACAAUUGCUGAGAAAACAUAUUCAAGCCCUUGAAACUGCAGUAGAACAACACAGGAGAGUAAAGGAAGAAGCCUUGGCAGAGUUAACACAGUGCAAGAAGCAGGUGGAAGAGAGGGAACCAAGAGCAAAAGUAAAACUGACGCAGAUGGCCCUUUCCAAAGACACGGUAGAUACCAAUGCAGAUUUUGAAAACAAACUUCCUCAUUUAAAUGAGGAGACCAAUGGACUACUAAAUGAAUGCAAACUAUCUAGGAGAGAAAAUUUAGAUGAAGAUAUUUUAGCUGAAAAAAUCAGCAUGGAAGGACAAGUUCUAGUAAAUGAAAUGGAAAACCUGAGGAGUGAGAACCAAGGAGCAAUUAAAGAGUAUACUCAGAAAACAAAUCAACUGCGAGCCUCUUGUGAGAGAGGAAGAGAGUCUACACAGCAAUCCAUGACAGAAACAAAGAAUCAUCAUCAGCAAAGAGAAAUGGAGCAAAGGAAUUGCUCAGAGGUUGAGAAAGGUUUUUGGAUGCAGCAGGUAAAGAAACUGGAGGCAGACCUAGAGGAGAAAAGCCAGAAGAUAAAUGAGAAGAAGAAACAUUCCCAGAAGCUGAAAGAAAGAAUACAGGAACUCCAGAUGCAGCUAGAUGAAUUCAAAAGAAAAUCUGAGUGUGAAAUAAAGCAACUAGAGAAAGAAAAAGAAGCCCUAACUGGGAAACUUCAAAACUCUUCACUUGAGGUGGCUCAGCUGAAGCAGAUAUUAGACCAACAAGCAGAUAAUUUCAAGGAGUCACUGAAGAAACAUAGUCUACAGUCCAGCAAAGAAAAGGAGAAGCUUUUGCAGGAUCUUCAAAACACCAUUAAAGAAAACCAGAAUGUUAAACUGCAGCUGGAGGCAUCACAUCAAAAAGUCUUAAAAAUGUUGGAGAAAAACAAAAAACAGGAACUCAAGGAGGCAGAAGAGCGUUUGAAAAAGGAAUUUAAUGAGACUUUCAAGAUCCAACAUCAGUCUCAUAGGCUGGAAAUGCAAACCUUGGAAGAGAGAGCAAAGAAAGAAUUACAGGAUGAACUCGAGCAGAUACAGAAGCAGCAAACUCUGUUGCUAGGAUCUCUAAAGGUGGAAAUUUCUGAGCAACAGACAUCAUGCACUAAUCUCAAAAAACAAAUAGAAGAGCUCCAAAUGGAGCUGAGGAGUGUGAGGACCUUGAAGAAGCAACAGGAAGGAAGCAGUCAGAGCCAGAUCAGAUCUCUUCAUGACGAACUGGAAAAAUGUCAGAGUGAAAUUUCUGAGCUCAAGAAAGAGAACUUACUUUUGAAGGACUCAAUGGAAUUACUCAGUACUGAGUUGGAGACACAGAAGCAAGAAGCUGCACAGCUUCAGGAUAAGGAGAGACAACACAAAAGGGCCAAUAAUUUAGAAGAAAACACAAGAAAACCAGAGUCCAGACCAGAAGAUAUACAUCUUAUAAGCUGCCUGCAAGAUAAACUAAGUGAGAAAGAAGAAAUUAUUAAGCAGCUGGUGGAAGGAAGAAAAUUUCAGCAUUCACUUUUACCCAGCACUGAAUCGUACAGAAAUCGAUCUUUUUCUUUCACCCCUAAUCCAGGAUGUUUGACUCCUAUGAAGCAGCAGAAGAGACCAGUUGAGGUGCCCAGUCGUGUUGUCAGUGUACCAAAUUUAGCCUCCUACGCAAAGAGCUUUUUGAGUGGUGACUUGAGAUCAAAAAGAAGUGCUCCUCAAAUAACAAAAUCAACAAGCUUAGACCAGAGUCCUGGAUGCCUCAGGGUGGGUUCUCCAACAGCACAGACCUCAGACAGCAGCACUGCCAUAAGGACACAUGGCAGUGAACCACCACAAACCAAAGAUGACCAAAUACAAGACCCUGAGCAUCAAGAAUGGUUUACUAAAUACUUUUCAUUUUAAAGCAAUAAUUUACAUACUCCUCAGAUUUACCAGAAAAGUUGUUUGUUUUCUGUUAGGGAAUGUUAAUCUACUAAGUUUUACAACAAGAAGUAUUGAAAUAAUUUCCAAGUGUGUUGUUAGGAACAACAGCACUCUCCUACAUCUAAUUAUAAUGGAAUUACAGGCAUGGAUUUCAGCAAAAUGCAUUUUUUUCAAUAAUCUGUAAAAAAUGAAAAAAGCAAAAUUCUUAAUACUGCUAUGUGAAAUGACUUUUUACUCAAGAGAAUGUACCAUUCCACAAUUAAAUUAAGUAUGCAGUUUGUUCUCUAAUGUCCUGUUACAGACUCCAGCUGAAGAUACUACUUAUAAGUAAUAGGUUUAUAUUUCUCUAGGUUUAUAAGCUUGCUUCAUCAGCUGUUUUUCUGCAUAGUAAUGUGAUUUUGUUUUAAAUUAGUUUUUUGUUAAAGUUGUUUUAUGCUGAGCAGCAUGUGAUACACAUUUAAGAAUAGCAAGCUCACAGCUAGCUGUUUUAGAAAUAUCUUCUGCUUUGCUUAAUGAACUGUUUUUGUAUAGUAUUGUCAUGUAAUGUUCCUGGUGCACUUUAACAUGUGUAACAAUCAGCCAGCCUGAUGAAUCAGGAUAGUAUGUAAGUACGAACAUUAAAACUUGCUUGUAAGUGA